AUGUCCGCUCCUCUUUCACAUGCCAAGAUUGUCCUCCGCCGCUCCAGCGAGCGCGGAUAUGCAGAGCACGGCGGCUGGCUCAAGACAUUCCACACCUUCAGCUUCGCCAACUACUACGACCACCGAUUCCAAAACUUCGGCAGCCUGCGUGUCUUGAACGAGGAUCGAGUGGCUGCUCGGAAUGGCUUCGGCACACAUCCGCACCGCGAUGCGGAAAUCUUCAGUUACAUUCUGAGCGGCGAGUUGACCCACCGCGACAGUAUGAUCAAGAAGGGCGCCGAAGGGUCGCAGGGGAAACAAUUCUACCGGAUGAAGCGUGGAGAUGUGCAAUUCACGACCGGAGGAACUGGUAUUGCUCACUCUGAACAAAAUGAGUCGACCAAGCCGGUCCACUUCUUGCAAAUUUGGGCUCUUCCCUGGAAAUACGGGCUCAAGCCACAAUAUCACACCAUGACGUUUAGCGAGGAGGCGAAGCGCAAGGCGUUUGUGCCUAUUCUUUCACCUCUGGCGGCUGGUCCGGAGGCCAAGCCGGCAGAUGAAGAUGCGGCGAUUCCCAAGAUCGCCGGAACGAUUCCGAUUCAUGCUGAUUUUGUCAUGGGGGCGGGCAUCAUUGCGCCCGAGUCGUCAUUUACGUGGACGGUUGGCGCUGGCGAUGCGGUGAGCUCCAGGAAGAAGCGCAAUGUGUAUAUUCACCUGCCCAUGACAAAUCAGGGGAAGAUGAUCAUCAAGCUGAAUGGGAGCGAUGAUGCGAUUCUACACGAGGGAGAUGGUGCUUUCAUCACCCAGGUGAAUGCGGGGGAUGCCCUGCGCGUGGAGAGCGUGGGUGAAGUCGAGGCUGAGGUGAUUGUGUUGGACAGCGACUGA